UCCCACUUGUCAGUGCCCGACGUAUCACGUGGAGCAAUUUAAUCAGUAUGUACAAACGUACAUGCGCAAAAAAUAUGAACAUGUGUAAUAAUACACAAUAAAGUUCGCUUAUUCAUUUUAUCGAUGUAAUCCGGCAACGUUGCCCGCGAGACCAUUCAACUUUUGAAAUUCUUCGAUAUCGCAACGUCAGUAUUGAUUUUUAUUUCCAACUAAUUAUUUUUAAACCUAAUUAAAUAUUUCAAUUAUAAAUUAUUUAAAAUGUCUCGAGGUAUCAUCAAUUGGAGUCAAUUAAGAUGUUACAGCUCAUUGCCGGAAUUGCCACAUUGUCAAUAUAAGACUCCAAUUUAUCAAGGAGCUGAUUAUGAGACAGUGAAAUUGACGAGACUUGCACCGAGCGAACGUCCUUAUUAUAAAAAACCGCUCCUUAUACAUGAAGGUCAUGGUCAGUGGCUAUGGGAUCAUACUGGUCGUCGUUACCUCGACAUGUUCGCUGGAAUAGUAACUGUAGGUGUUGGACACUCGCAUCCGAAGAUUGUCGAGGCGCUGUCAAAGCAAAUAUCCAAGUUGGGAAACACGACGGUAAUUUAUAUGCACCCCCAGUAUCAUGAGUACGUCGAGAAAUUAAAAAAAAAACUGCCUGAAAAAUUAAAUGUUGUUUACUUAGUAAACAGCGGAUCAGAGGCCAAUGAAUUGGCAUUUUUAAUCGCAAAACUUUACACUGGAGCACAGGAAAUUAUUUCACUGCAGAAUGGAUACCACGGAGGAACAUUAGCAACGCAAGCAGCUACUGGAUUAAGUGUUGCCAAGUAUCCAGUACCUCAAGCUAAUGGAUUUACUCACAUAAUGAAUCCUGAUGUCUAUAAAGGACCGUGGGGAGGCUCUCAAUGCCGAGAUUGUCCAGUAUCUCAUGGAAAAAAUUGCCAAUGUGUUGGAAAUAAUUGUCAGGCUGCAGAUAAUUAUUUUACUCAAUUGCAAAAUGCUUUUAAAUAUAGUCUACCGUCUGGAAAACCUAUAGCCGCUUUCAUAGCAGAAAGUAUCCAAGGCAUUGGGGGUAUCGUACAAUAUCCUAAGACAUAUUUAUCCAAGGUCUACGAUUUUGUACGAAGCAAAGGGGGAAUUUGUAUCGCUGAUGAAGUUCAAACUGGCUUUGGUAGAACUGGUGAAAAUUUCUGGGGCUUUCAAGGACACAAUGUUGUACCUGAUAUUGUUACAAUGGCUAAAGCAAUUGGUAAUGGAUUUCCUCUAGGUGCUGUUGUUACUACACAAGAGAUAGCCGAAGUCUUGAAUAAGGCUAUGAGGGUUAAUACUUUUGGUGGUAAUCCACUGGCUUGCGCUGUUGGUUCCGCUGUUCUUGAUAUAAUUGAAGAAGAAAAGCUUCAGGAAAAUUGUUUUAUAGUAGGUACACAUUUACUGCAUAGAUUGAGUACUCUAAUGCUGGACUACCCGACAAUAAUUGGAGACGUUCGUGGUAAAGGGUUGAUGAUUGGAGUUGAGUUAAUAGGUGAUGUUGAAACAAAAGAACCCAUGGCAGUAGAACAAGUGCUAGACAUUUUUGAAGACAUCAAAGAUAUGGGUGUUCUGAUUGGUAAAGGCGGAGUCCAUGGAAAUAUAUUGAGAAUCAAACCUCCAAUGUGCAUUACAAAAGAAGAUGCUGAUUUCACAGUUGAGAUUAUUAAAAAGGCGGUGGAAAAUCAUCGAGAUAAGUACAUAAAGAACAAAGAAAGUGUUUAUUUCACGGCUGUUUAAUUAAAUUGAACUGUAAAGUUUUUUUUAUUUUAUUAUACAAAUAUAUAAUAUAUUUUUUUAUGUAAUAUAUUCUUUUUACAUUUGUACAAAUCAUCACAUUAAAAAUUAUAACAAUCAAUUCGCACGAUUAAAUUACAUCAGUUGUUAAUGAGAACACUUUUUUGUUCAUUUUGUUCAAUAAGUAUUGCUAUAUUUUUUUAUGA